GGGUCAUGGAACCGCCCACCGGCCGGUCCUGAGCCGCGAGUGAGGUGGGAGGGGCGCGAGGCAAAGUUGCGGGCGUGGGCGCUGGCGACCCCUGCCAUGGAGCCCGGCCCCGCCGCGUCCCCCGGGCCGUCCCGCUCCUUCAAGGAGGAGCUGCUCUGCGCCGUCUGCUACGACCUCUUCCGCGACGCCGUGACUCUGCGCUGCGGCCACAACUUCUGCCGCGUGUGCGUGACCCGCUGCUGGGAGGUGCAGGUGGCGCCCACGUGUCCGGUGUGCAAGGACCGCGCGUCCCUCGCUGACCUGCGCACCAACCACACCCUCAACAACCUGGUGGAAAAGCUGCUGCGCGAAGAGGCCGAGGGCGCGCGCUGGGCCGGGCACCGUUCCCCGUGCCUCUGCCGCCUGCACCGCGGCCAGUUGAGCUUCUUCUGCCUAGACGACAAGGAGCUGCUGUGCUGCUCUUGCCAGGCCGACCCCCGGCACCAGGGGCACCGCGUGCAGCCGGUGAAGGACACUGCCCACGACUUUCGGGCAAAGUGUAGGAACAUGGAGCAGGUGCUACGGGAGAAAGCCAAGGCCUUCUGGGCCAUGCGGCGCUCUUACGAGGCCAUUGCCAAACACAAUCAGGUGGAGGCCGCCUGGCUGGAAGGUCGAAUCCGACAGGAGUUUGACAAGCUCCGAGACUUCUUGAGAGUGGAGGAGCAGGCCCUCCUGGAUGCCAUGAACGAGGAGGUGAGACAGAAGCAGCUUCUGGCCAAGGAGAAGAUGAAGCAGCUCGCAGAAGAGACAGAGGCUCUGGCACAGGAGAUUGAGCGACUGCAGAUGGAGAUGAAGGAAGAUGAUGUUUCUUUUCUCAUGAAACACAAGAGCCGAAAACGCCGACUCUUCUGCACCAUGGAGCCCGAGCCCAUCCAGCCCGGCCUGCUUAUCAACAUCUGCAAGUACCUGGACUCCCUGCAGUACCGCGUCUGGAAGAAGAUGGUCACGUCUGUUGAAUCUGUGCCCUUCAGCUUCGACCCCAGCACCGCGGCCGGCUGGCUGUCCGUCUCCGAUGACCUCACCAGCGUCACCAACCACGGCUAUCGCGUCCAGGUGGAGAAUCCUGAGCGCUUCUCCUCGGCGCCCUGCCUGCUGGGCUCCCGUAUCUUCUCCCAGGGCUCCCACGCCUGGGAGGUCGACCUGGGGGGGCUGCCGAGCUGGCGCGUGGGUGUGGUGCAGGUCCACCAGGACGCUGGCACGGAAGGGCACUCGCACAGCUGCUACCACGACACCCGCUCGGGCUUCUGGUACCUGUGCCGCACGCAGGGGGCGGAGGGGGACCACUGCACCACCUCCGACCCGUCCACGCCGCCGCUGGCCCCGGGCGUCCCGCGCCGCCUGCGGGUGGAGCUGGAGUGCGGGGAGGGUGAGCUGUCCUUCUACGACGCCGAGCACCACCGCCAUCUCUACACCUUCCACGCCCGCUUCGGGGCGGUGCGGCCCUACUUCUACCUGGGGGGCACGCAGGCGGACGCGCCACCCGAGCCUCUGCGCAUCUGUCCCCUGCGCAUCACCGUCAAGGAAGAGCUGGAUGGCUGAGGCUGUGCCAUCGGCCCCAGCACUGCCCCGGCAUCCUGUCGUGGUCCUUUUUCUCGCUGUCCCUCGUCUUAAUGCCCACAUUCACUGGGUGCUUCUCUACCACCUGCCUUCCUGUCAGGGAUCCUCCUACCGCCUUAUCUUGUUCUUCACCAUAACUCGAGACCCUAACCUCUUUUUCCUUUUUGCUGCCUUCUCUAUCCACAGUUAAAGUCAUCCAGGAGGUAUGGGAUCCAGGCUCCCUGAAAGCCAGUUGCACUUUCAAGGAUGUGGACUAAUUCCAGGAUUUCUGAGGCUCAUGUCUGCUUCUAGAAUGGGCUGUGGCCUGGCUUUGAGGCAGGACCAAGGGCUUAGCCUGUUGCUUUAUACCCAUGUUUUAAAACUGUGCUUCACACAGCCUCCCAGGGCCCCUGCAGGGCAGGAGGCAAGGCUGCCCCAGAGAUGGGCUUUGAUUUAUCUAUUUAUAUGUGUAUGAUUUCCUCUCAAGUGAGGGGUUCAAGGCACUUAAAAACCCAGUUUUUACAACCAUGCUUUAGACCUAUUCCUUCUCUGAGCCUCAGUUUUCUCAUCUGUAAAUGAGACAGUUGGUAGAGAAGAUGAUGUCAUUCUGUAAUUGGUGGAGGAAAUUCCUCGGAUUAAUUCCUACAAAAGUAUGAGCAAGGAAGGAAGAGGGGGCCUUUUCAGCUAGUAAGAAAGAAAAGGAGAGAUGUGUUCUGGGGUGGUGCUGUGGUUGUGGUCCCCUAGCCCGUGCAAGAGCCAGGAGGUGAUGGGCAGCAGUUGCUGUCAGCUCCUGCCGCAGCUGCUUUCCUUUGCUGACCUCACCCUGCACAUCCCAAGCCCCUUGCUCUGCCACUUUUGUUUCCAUCUCGAUUUCUCCCAUCUCUUGUGCCAACAGACUUGCACCUCAGCUUUUCUUUCUUACACAUGUCCACAGAUAUUUUUUAAUGGUCGACUCACCAUGUCCUUGGAAGCAGCAUUGUAAAGGACACAUUUUCCUUAGAGCAGUGCUAUAAUCAGAGGCCACAUUCCAGACUGAGGCCUCUGUCUCCUUUCUCCUGCCUGGCCGCCACUGUUUACAGACGCUGACGUUUUAAACCAAAAAGUGUGACUCAGGUCCUAUAAUUUGGCCCAUGAGCACGUUGGGUACCUUGGUUAUACUAAAAAGUAGAGGUCACCUACUUUCCUGCCUGGCAGGAAAUGCCACUGUGUGAAGUGGGCCAGGUGUGGAGCGGCCGGGAGGGCUGAGGACGUGGUGAGCUGGCGAGUGCGUGGUGAGCCGGCAAGUGCGUGCCCUGUCCCGGGCAGUCACACGCAGAAAAGGUCAAGGCACUUUGGAACCAAUCACAUCUGCAGCCUUUACUAUAUAAAGUAUUUACCUACCCCAUGAAGUAUAGCUUCUAUAUGAUUAAAUUUGAGUUGAAAUUAUUUUAUUAGAUAUAAACUUUUUAGAUGCUGAAGAUAUUUUCAUGAUAAUUUGGAUAGCCUAGGCCUCUUUUUUAAAAAAUAAAAAUGAAAUGUGAGCUAAAA